AUUACUUUCCCAUUAACUCUGUCUCUCUCGAGCACUCCUAUCUAGAUAAAGCCAAUUCCACACUCCCUUACUUCCACAUCUUUUUUCUUCUUUUAAAGCUCACUACACCGUUUGUAAACCAGAGGAGAGAGUGAGAGAGAAAAUGGCAGCUCCCAACCUGUUCUUGUUCUUCACUGUUUUUCUUUCCUUUUCCUUCCAUCUCUUUCCCUUCACCCUCUCUCGUGACAUACCAGAGAUUACCGCUUCUCGCACUGUGACCACAAUCCUCGAUGUGUCGUCAUCUCUCCAACAGGCUUUGAGCAUCCUCUCUUUUGACCCACAAACCACAAACCCCUUCUCUCAGCAGCAGCAGACUGUUCCCUCAUUUGCCAAUUCUACAUUUUCAUUUUCGCUUCAGCUUCAAUCUCGUGAAACCAUCCAUAAAACCCAACACAAGGACUAUAAAAGCUUGGUCAUGUCUCGACUCGAUCGAGACUCUUCCCGAGUGAAAGCCAUCAUCACCAGGGUAGAACUCGCCCUCAAUGGUAUAUCCAAAUCUGAUCUCAAGCCCUUGGACGCUGAGAUCCAGCCCCAGGAUUUAUCAACUCCGGUUACUUCCGGCACCAGCCAUGGAAGUGGCGAGUAUUUCUCUCGGGUCGGAGUCGGGAACCCGGCAAAGUCCUACUACAUGGUUUUGGAUACUGGAAGUGAUGUGAACUGGCUUCAAUGCCAGCCCUGCUCCGAUUGCUACCAGCAAGCGGAUCCCAUCUUUAACCCAACGGCGUCGUCUAGCUACGCCCCAAUAUCUUGUAAUUCUGCGCAGUGCAACUCUCUUCAAAUGUCUAUGUGCCGGAGCGACCAGUGUCUUUACCAGGUCAAUUACGGCGAUGGAUCCUUCACCAUGGGCGACUUCGUCACCGAGACGUUGUCGUUUGGGAGCUCCGGGACCGUCAACAAAGUUGCUUUAGGCUGCGGUCAUGACAAUGAAGGAUUAUUUGUCGGCGCUGCUGGGCUGCUCGGACUGGGGGGUGGCCCUCUCUCACUCACAUCACAGCUCAAAGCGUCGUCGUUUUCUUAUUGUCUAGUGAAUCGUGACUCAACUGGAUCUUCCACUCUGGACUUUAACUCGGGCCUAGUCAGCGAUGCAGUCAUAGCUCCCUUAUUGAGAAGCAACAAAAUCGACACAUUUUACUAUGUUGGACUCACCGGGUUGAGUGUCGGCGGCCGGUUGCUUUCCAUUCCACAAUCCGUUUUCCAGAUGGACGACUCGGGUAACGGCGGGAUCAUCGUCGACUGCGGAACAGCAAUAACUCGGUUGCAGAGCCAGGCAUACAACUCACUGCGAGACGCGUUCGUGAGCAUGACACAAAACUUGAAACCCACUGGCGGUGUGGCUUUGUUCGAUACUUGUUAUGAUCUGUCAGGGCAAACCAGUGUCAAGGUACCUACGGUGUCGUUCCAUUUCUCAGAAGGAAAGUCGUGGAACUUACCGGCGGCGAAUUAUCUGAUCCCGGUGGACUCAGACGGCACAUACUGUUUCGCAUUUGCUCCAACGACGUCGUCUUUAUCGAUUAUAGGAAACGUGCAACAGCAGGGCACACGUGUGAGCUUUGACCUGGCUAAUAAUCGAGUCGGGUUCUCGAGCAAUAAGUGUUAAUAGUAGUGUUGGAUUGGUCAUUAAAAUGACCUUUUUAUCCCUGGUAAAGAAGGUGAUUGGCUAUAGUAGAAUUCUUAUUCUUAGAAUGAAUUAUAAAAGGAACGAAAAUGAAAGGUGGGCUUAAGUGAGGCCCAUCUAAAUAAAUUACAAGUAACUCUUGUGUGGUAGGGUCAUUAAAUUAAAUAUAAUUGUACUGGUGGAUGUUGAGCCGCAUAAUGGCAUGUAUAGUAAAUUAUUUGAAAAUGCAAGGAUAAUGAUGGUAUGAAGGUUGAUUAUGAGCUGUAAA